AUGAUCACCCAAAUAGAUAUUCCUUCUUCCUCUUCUUCUUCUUCUCCUCCGACCCCUCGAUGGACAUACGAUGUGUUCCUCAGUUUCAGAGGAGAAGACACCCGUACAAAUUUCACAGACUUUCUGUAUACUUCUCUGAUACAGAAAGGAAUAUUCACAUUUAGAGAUGAUGAAGAACUUGAGAGGGGAAAGCCCAUAGCUCCAAAACUCUCGAAAGCAAUCGAAGCAUCAAGAUAUGUAAUUGUCAUUCUUUCACGAAACUAUGUCAAUUCUACAUGGUGCUUGGAUGAGCUUCUAAAGGCUGUUGAAUGCAUGAACCUGAUGGGACAAACAAUACUCCCAGUUUUCUAUCAUGUGGAUCCAUCCGAGGUACGAAAACAGAAAGCAGAUUUUGGGGAUGCCUUCUCUAAGCAUGAAGAAGCCUUUAAAGACAAUGAACAGAAUGUGCAAAGAUGGAGAGAUGCACUUAAUCAAGUUUCCAAUCUCUCUGGAUGGCAUUUACACGAUGGUUAUGAAUCAAAAGUUAUUCAAGAUAUCGUAGGAAAGAUUUUCACUGAAUUAAAUCAAACAAUCUCAAGUGUAUCCACAGAUUUAGUUGGGAUGGAUUCUCGCGUGAAAGAAAUGCUUUCUUGCUUAGACAUGGGGCUGCAUAAAGUUUGUGUCAUAGGGAUUUUGGGCAUUGGGGGAAUAGGUAAGACAACUGUUGCAAGAGUUGUUUACGAGAGGAUAUGUGCUCAAUUCGAAGCUUGCAGCUUUCUUGCCAAUGUUAGAGAGGGGAUCAGUUUAAUAAGGCAGAGACUACAUACUAAAACGGUUCUUAUCAUUCUUGAUGAUGUGGAUACAGUGGAACAACUGGAAGCAUUAUGUCAUCAUAGUUGGUUUGGUUCAGGGAGUAGAAUUAUCAUAACUUCAAGAGAUGAACAUUUGUUGAGCACAUUUGGAGUGAAUAAAAUGUAUAAGGUUAAGGAAUUAAAUGGUUCUGAAGCUGUUAAACUCUUUAGUUGGAAAGCCUUUAAGAAAGACCAAGUUGGAGAAGGUUUUCUCAAGCUGUCUAAGAAUGUGGUUGAAUAUGCCAGUGGUCUUCCAUUGGCCCUUACAGUGUUGGGUUCAUUCCUUUUUGGGGAGGACAAAGAUCGUGUAGCAAAAAUACUAGAAAGUGGUUGCGGAUACUGUCCAGACAUUGAUAUAAAAGUUCUGAUAGAUAAAUCUCUAGUAACUCUAGUUGGAAGAAAAUUGUGCAUGCAUGAUUUGAUACAAGAAUUGGGUUGGGAAAUUGUACGUCGAGAAUGUCGUGAAGAUCCAGGAAAACGUAGCAGGUUGUGGCUUCCCAAGGAUAUCAGCCCCGUACUUGUACAAAAUAAGGGAACGGAUACAAUUGAAGGUAUAUUCCUCAACUCGUUGAAACAGGAGGAUGUUGACUUGAAUGCUAAUUCCUUCUCAAAGAUGUCCAACCUAAGAUUGCUCAGAAUUUGUAAUGUGGCCUCUCCUAGAUCCAUUGAAUAUCUUUCUAGUGAGUUACAACUUUUGGAAUGGCAUGCAUGUCCUUUAAAUUCUUUGCCGUCAAACUUUCAAUCAGAUAAGCUUGUUGAACUCAAAAUGCAUUUGAGCCGUGUCAAACAACUGUGGAAUGGAAAUGAAAGCUGGAGCAUGCUAAAGUGCAUCGAUCUGAGUGAUUCCCAAUACUUGAUCAAAACCCCAAACUUCACUAAGGCUCCAAAUAUUGAGAUGCUGGUGCUUCAAGGAUGUUCAAGAUUGGUUGAUGUUCACCCGUCCAUGGGAAUUCUCAAACAGCUUAUCUUGCUGAAUAUGAGAAACUGCAAAUCUGUAAAGAUUCUUCCGUCUUUCAUUAGUAUGGAAUCUCUUGAGAGUUUAAAUCUGUCCGCCUGUUCAAGACUCAAGAAGUUUCCUGAGAUAGAAGGCAAUAUGGAAAGCCUGUUGGAGCUUCAUCUAGAUGGGACUGCCAUAGAAGAAUUACCUCCAUCAAUUGAACAUUUGACCAGUCUUAAAUUGUUGAAUCUAGGAUACUGCAAAAACCUUUGUCAUCUUCCGAGUACCAUUCAACAUUUGACAUCUCUGAAAACUCUCAUUCUAACUGGUUGCUCAGAACUUAAUGACAUACAUGAGAAUCUGAAUUGUGUGGAAUGUCUGGAGGAGCUUGAUAUAAGUGGAACUGCUAUAAGAGAAUCGUCGUUCAUUGUAGGUUUGAAGAAUCUAAAGUCUCUAUCUUUUCAAGGUUGUAAAAAUCGGCCUUCAAGAUCAUGGCAUUCAGUCUUUAAUUAUUGGUGGCGGGGUAGAAAUGGUCAUGUUCCUGGUAGUUUAUUGUUGCCUACUUCACUUUCAGGUUUAAGUUCUUUGACAAACCUAAACUUAAGUGAUUGUAAUCUGAUGGAUGGAGAAAUUCCCAAUGAUCUUGGUUCCUUGUUCUCCUUAAAAACAUUAGAUUUAAGGCAGAAUAAUUUUGUUGGCUUACCUGAAACCAUCUCCCAACUCUCCAAGCUUGAAUUUAUCAAUGUGAGCAAGUGUAGCAGGCUUCAAUUGCUGCCUAAGAAGCUUCCAUUAAGUCUUCAACGUGUGAAUAUGGAAGAUUGUGCUUCACUGAUAGACUUCCCAAAUCAAAUCAAAAUAUUUGCUUCACCUCUCUUGGGAAAGACUACUAGUGAUUCCCGCAUUUCAUCCAAGCUUCAAGAUUUCAAUUAUGAGAAACAAGAAUGGAGACCAGUUGACGAUUUGCAAAUGCAACUGCUUCAAAGACAGCUUGAAGUAUUGAACUAUAGAUUAACUCCCUUACAAGCAGUUAGUUAUCAAACUGAAAUUCCAGAGUGGUUCAGCCAUAUGGUUACAGAGUGUUCUAUUGCAAUCCAGCCAUCUCCAGAUUUGAGUGAUUAUAGAAAGUUGAUGGGGGUUGCCCUAUGUGCUGUUUUCUCAGUCAAGGGACAUCCUGCUGUCUCUUGCAUUGGAUCGGAUUUAGGAACUUCUUACUUCUAUCAAUGCAAAUUGCUAAUUCAUAAAUUUUUUGAAUCUAAACCAUUUAUCCUUCAUGGCAAGCUACAUCACAAAUUUGGAACUGAUGAUUUUCUUUGGGUUUUCUAUUUACCUCGUCGGUUCUUUCCAAAUGUGUUAAGUGAUUCAAGUGUAAUGGGUGCUCUAUUUGAAACCAACAACCCGUGCAUGGAAGUCAAGAAAUGCGGGGUUCGUCUAGUGUAUGAGCAAGAUGUUGCAGGGUUUAUCCAAACAUUACUGCAGUGUGUUACUACUGGACCCCAGCCACAUCAAAUUGUCCCUUAUGAUGACUACAAGAUAAUUGAAGAAUGUGAUGAAGAUGGCUUUAAAACUGGAUGGUUUAGUAUAGUGGAUAACGUUUGGAGAUGGGAGAAAUUAAUUCCAGCUUAUGAAGGUGGUGUUCGAUUACCAUUUUGGUGUAACGUCUGGAUAAGGUGUAGGACUGGACUUGCCUUUCUGGCGUGA